CAGUGCCAGGGGGAUGCUUUUAUUCAAAUGAUUAAAGAACGAAAUUCGCCAAACAACCCGGCUCAAGCGCUUGCACGAAGUGCACAAGGUGCGCCAGGCAGUUAUCACGUAGAGGCCCGGGAGAUCAAAGCCCGCCUGGACACCCCGACAGUGCAGGCGGUCUUAGAUAUGGGUUUCAGUCGAAACACAGUCCGUCAGGCGAUCGAACGUAGAUUGAGGGAUACUGGAGAUGAUUUCCCCAGUGCAGCGAGUUUACUAGAUGCUGUUUUGAAUAUUGAGGAUGAGAUGACCCGGCAGACGGCGCAAGGUGCGGCGGCGGUGGCAGUUAUUCCCCAAGAGGAGCCUGGUCAACAGCCACUAAACCGAUCUCUGGCUGAAGUACCAGCAUCUGCGGCCAACCAGAAAACAUCUCAAACGCAUAAUUCGGAGAAACAAUCUAAAAAAGACAAUAAAAAGAAAAAGAAGAAGCAAGAUGCUCCGGUACCAAAGGAAAGUGACGACAAGGAGACCAAGUCCUUGCUUGAGGAAAACAAAAGACUGAAAGAAGAGCGCAUCUGUAAGAUCUGUAUGGACGAAGAAGUAAGCGUGGUAUUUCUGCCGUGCGGCCAUCUUGUCGCCUGUGUCCAGUGUGCACCUGCCUUGAGGAAUUGCGCCAUUUGCAGAACAGCCAUCAAGGGCACAGUUAGGUCCAUAUUAAGUUAAAUUCUGAGUAAUCCUGGCAGGAAUAGUAAGGGUUUCAUCCAAACUGCACUAUCAUCUUAAUUUCUAUAACAAAUGCAUGGACAUUUGAAAAGCAUACUGAUUUUUUAAAUAUAAAAUUAAAAACAAACAAACAAAAAACAAGGAGGGAUAUUUAUCAUAUUUAUCAAGUAAAAAAAAGGGCAUGAGCAAAUGAGCCUUGUCCCGAAGCCAUAAUUGCUAAGAUUCAAAUGGAAUAAGACAUUGAAUAAAGUGUAGGGACAGGUUGGAAAUACAUUUUAAGUAGGAAAUAAUGUCGUUUACCUCAGGCAAAUUUUUUUGGUACAUAAAUUGGAUAAAGAGAACUAUAUCAUUUUAUUUUCAAAGUGUUUAUGUCCUGGCCAAUCUAGUACUGCAACAGGAAGUGGUGAAAGACCAUAAAUUUGCUUUUGAGCUAAUUUUUUAUUCAAAUUUUUACUUCAAAUUUGGUAAUUUGUAGCCACCGUUUUAGUUUUGGCGGUCAUUUUGUAUUUUAUUGAGGCUUUUUACAUUUAAUUUAUUUGGUGAAAAGUGGCACAACAUCCCUUUAAUGCAUUUUGUACCUUUUUCACAAGCUUUUGUUGAA